AUGAGAGACCUUCGUGAAGAAGUUUCUGGACUGAAACAAAGUGUGGAUGCUUUUAAAGCAAGUACCGCGUCGGGUAUCCAGGUGAUGAAGGACCAUGUCGAACAGCUGGCAACAGAGCAAACCGCAACCAAGGAUACAUUGACGGGUGUAGAAAACAAAUUGCAGUACAUCACAUCCAUCACAUCCCUUAUUCCUCGUAGUAACAACAGUCAACCCAUUAAACAAGGACAGUAUGCAAACAUGGAUGGACACCCAGUAUACAGGAAUUUCCACAGAAGCCUUGUUGUUGCGAGCGACGAUAUCCCCAACUCACUCAAGAAAGUUUGGAAAUACCUUGAAAAGCGUGUGAAUGAUUCUGGAUUCAAAGAGCAUUGGCCACCACUAAAGCAACAACAAUACCUAGUAGAAGCAAAAGAUUUCUUAUUGCAAGUAGCACUACAACUCCAACACGAUUGUAAAGCUGAUCUCGACACCAAUUGGCCCGAUCUCGAUGUAGAAAAACGAACAAAAGCUAUACGCGAUUUUGAAUUAUACUGCUCAAACAUCUUUCCGUUCGAAUUGUUUCAAGCAUCUGUACCUAAAGAAGGAAAUGACAAUACACAAGAUGACAAUACACAAAAUGACAAUGCAGACAACUCUUCAUCCGUUACCAGUAUGAUGCGGAGCCAAACCAGCGAAGUAGCCAGCCAAGUCCGUCAAGUCUCUUUACAACCUGCAUCCACGCCUACUGCAUCAACCAGCUUCCAUGUCCAUGCCCAACACUCGCCAUCUUCAUCUGCUUCAAUGUUCCAAUUCAUGCCAUCAUCGAGUACACAUCCAUCUUUUCCUGCUUCCACCCCACAAAUGAAUAUGUAUCCACCUGCUAUCCCUGCCGCGCCAUCAAUGGGCCCGUAUCCAUAUCCAGUAACACCCACCAUGCCAACCAACAUGCCCACCAACAUUGCCAUCAUGCCAACCAACAACAUGACAACCAUGCCAACCAACAUGUAUCAAUCUUCUGACCAGCCCACCGCACCAGCAACCAACAAUGACCACACUCUCAUGCCACCACCACCAUCAUCACCUGCUUUGUCAAGAACCAUGUCAUUGGAAAUGGAUGAAGUCACCGCGCAGCAACCACCCGCCCAGACACAAAAAAAGCAACGAACCAGCAAUGCCUCCACCACCACCACCACCACACGUUCCAAAAAAAAAACAAACCCAAAAUCAAGAAGAUGA